GCGUCAGAGGAGGGCUACCCAAUUUUUAAUGAACACUUGUAACUUGUCUCUUUUCACCGUGUAAAUAACAGUUUAAUAAUACGGGAGCCUGUUGGGUGGGUACGUUUGUUUGUUGUUUCUGACUCGCAACUUUUUAAAGCCGUCAUUUCGCGUGAAUUUUGGUUUUAUUCGAUUAGUUAGGUUCCCUCAUUCUGCACUAGCGAUCUGCUUUAACUGAACUGUAAUCUCUGAAUUGUUACUCAAACGCGCACUGCAUCGCGAACUACGUAAAUGAAGUUCAUGCAGUUUUAACGGUAGACUCAUUUAUUUUUUUACUGUAAACAGGUCAGUUCAGUGACGAAAUGUCCAAAUUAUUCCGGGCUGUUAUAUUGGGUCCACCAGGCUCGGGGAAGGGGACCAUCUCGGAGAGGAUUGCGCAAAGUUUCGGCCUGAAACAUCUGUCCAGCGGAGACUUUCUUCGAGAAAACAUCGCCGCGAACGCUGAGGCUGGUGUUCUGGCUAAGACGUAUAUAAAAAAAGGCUUGCUGUUGCCUGACCAUGUUAUGAACCGCCUUCUUCUGCCUAGACUGGAGGAGAUAACCACAUACAGCUGGGUAUUGGAUGGGUUCCCUCGAACUCUAGCUCAGGCUGAAGCCCUGAACAGUGCCUGUGAUCUGGAUGUAGUCAUCAACCUCAACAUCCCUCUGGAAACACUGAAGGAUAGGCUGCGUCAUCGCUGGAUACACCCAUCUAGUGGAAGAGUGUACAAUAUGCACUUCAAUCCACCCCGCGUUCAGGGGCUAGAUGACAUCACAGGAGAGACACUGAUACAACAGGAAGAUGACAGACCAGAGGCAUUGGUUGCCAGACUGAGACAUUACAAAGAUAUUGCCAAACCUGUCAUAGACUUAUAUAAGGUUAAAGGCAUCCUAUACACAUUCUCGGACACAGAGACAGAUCGUAUCUGGCCGAACAUCAACACACUACUCAGCACUAAGAUUCCAACCCUCCAAUCAGAUGCUCGGUGUGCCUCAACUCACUCUGAAAUCCUCUGACAGUCUCUUAUCCAAGAGAACAACAUGGCUUCAUCUCAGAGGGGUUACUUAUUCACUUCUUCGAUUUCCAAAGAUUCCAUACUAGUAAUUUUUAUGAUCUCAGAUUUUCUAGUGUGCAUAGCGCAAACUUUGAUUAUUUCAGGUCUUACAGAUAUAUCAUAAAUGUAACUGUUUUCUAUUUUUAUCAGUUUGAAGCUGGAAGCUGCGAAUCAGUCAGGGUAAAAUGCAUCUAAUGCCUUACUGUUAUUAAUGGAGUGUUUUUGGCCCCUAGAUUAAAAAAAAAGAACCCAGUGAUGCACCAGGUGAGAGGAGCACACAAAAUCAUUGUUUCCAUGUAUCCAAGUGAAAGGAACCAAAUUUUCGAUUGAGUUUGUGAUUGUAUCACAUGAAUAGAGAUGCACUGAACUGUUCAAGCAUUCCAGAUAGAGUUUAGCAAGAUUUAAGAUAAUGAUCUUUUCUAUUUCUGUAAAGGACUUUACACCUAUCAUUUCUGUCUGUGGAUUUGCCUAGCUUAUAUAUUUCAUGGUGAAGUAAUUUAACAACACUAUCCUAAUAUUGAACAGCAUUAAAGUUUGAAUGUUACAAUGUGCUGAACAAGCUCUAUACUCCAAAUAUUUCACAUACUGUAUAAGCAUUGUACAAAUGUCUUCAUGUUUUAAAAUUAAAUUAAUUGUUAAUGUGAGGUCACAAUCACACACAAGAUAAAAUUGCUGUUGUGAACACCACGUCUUAUUAUUUGAGACACAUUGAGAUAUAUAUAUAUAUAUUAGUAAAUGCGUCUAUAUAACUAUAAUGUUAUGAAAUAUCCUAUAUCAUAACAAACUAGCUCUGCCUCUUUAAUACUUUUUUUCUUAGGGGACAUAAUAAAUAGCAUCAUUGUGCUUUUAAGAGCCAUUACUUAUAGAAUCUUUGAUGUCACAGAAUCAGUGAUGUUCCAAGAUCAUAUAUUUCAACCACAUGUAAUUUAACAAUGAAUGUUUUCAACCAGAACAACCGUAGCAUCUUUACUUUAUCCAGAUGAUUAAUGCACUACAAAUGUACCAUAAACUACAGAUUAAAUUACAGCCUUGCGUGGCUCUGGGUGCCACCUGUCCCAAAAACAAUAGGCCCAAGGAUAACGCACUCAGUAUGUUAGGUGCAUGUAACUUUAUAUGUAUAAAAAUGUUUGUCUCUGUUUACUUUGCCUUUCAGUCUUCUCCCUCACUCCCUCUCUCUCACUUUAAGGGUUGGAGAAAACAUUGUAAAAAUCUCCACACCCUCUUGUUGUGCAAUACCAUACAGAACAAGUCACAACCUAGAGCUUUCCUUAUUUCCAAAGAUAUUCCUUAUAAUCAACACUGAAAAUGUCCAUUCUACAAGAAGAGUAUGUAUGUUAGUAAGGUAAAUAGGUUCUGCAUUGAAAAACUUUAGCCUCUUCCUCUUUUAUAUACUUAAAUCGUUUAGGUUUUGUCAUUCUUUUAAAGUUUUGCAUUGUUUAAAUUUGCUUUUAUUUUUUUAUUCUGUAAUCCUUUACUCACCCUCAAGCGGAGUUCAGCAGGUCACACAAACCUUUAAAAUACAUUUAUCCUCAGGUUAGAGAAAUAUGCUGGAUAUUUCCA